CCUCCCUCGCCCGCUUUCUGUCAGCCUUUCUCCCUCUCCCUGUCCCCCUCUCUCCUUCCUCUAGCUUCCUCUUUCGCACCUGAGCAACGCACCUGCCCGGGCCCGGCUCCGCUCCCUCCUCCCUUCCCCCCGCCCCGGCCGGAAGGCUCCGGCCUCCGCCGCGGGAGCUUGGCGGCUGCGUCACCGCCGCCCCCCCUCGCCGCCCCAGACAAGAUGGACACCGCCGAGGAAGAACCCAUAGCCCCACUCUAAUCAUGAGCAAAAACAUCAAACCAAUUCUGGGGACUUCCCUGGUGGUGCAGUGGUUAAGAAUCUGCCUGCCAAUGCAGGGGACAGGGGUUCGAGCCCUGGUCUGGAAGGAUCCCAUAUGCCACGGAGCAACUGUGCCUGUGAGCCACAACUACUGAGCCCACGAGCCACAACUACUGAAGCCUGCGUGCCUGGAGCCCGUGCUCCGCAACAAAGAUAAACCACCGCAAUGAGAAGCCUGCACACCACAACAAAGAGUAACCCCUGCUCACCGCAACUAGAGAAAGCCCUCGUGCAGCAACGAAGAUGCAAUGCACACAAAAAAUAAAUUAAUUUAAAAAAAAAUCAAAGUCAUCAAAAACAAGGAAAGUGUGAGACACUGCCAGAGCCAAGAGACGACUAAGGAGACGUGACAACUAAAUGUAAUGUGGAUUCUGGAACAGAAAAUGACAUUAGACAUAUGUAGAGUGUGUCGGUCAGAAGGAACACCUGAGAAACCUCUUUAUCAUCCUUGUGUGUGUACUGGCAGUAUUAAGUUUAUCCAUCAAGAAUGCUUAGUUCAGUGGCUGAAACACAGUCGAAAAGAAUACUGUGAAUUAUGCAAGCACAGAUUUGCUUUCACACCAAUUUAUUCCCCAGAUAUGCCUUCGCGGCUUCCAAUCCAAGACAUAUUUGCUGGACUGGUUACAAGUAUUGGCACUGCAAUACGAUAUUGGUUUCAUUAUACACUUGUGGCCUUUGCAUGGUUGGGAGUUGUUCCUCUUACAGCAUGUCGCAUCUACAAGUGCUUGUUUACUGGCUCUGUGAGCUCCCUGCUGACACUGCCACUAGACAUGCUGUCCACGGACAAUUUGUUGGCGGAUUGUUUGCAGGGUUGUUUUGUGGUGACGUGCACAUUGUGUGCGUUCAUCAGCCUGGUGUGGCUGCGAGAGCAGAUAGUCCACGGGGGAGCCCCGAUCUGGCUGGAGCAUGCUGCUCCGCCCUUCAACGCUGCUGGGCAUCACCAAAAUGAGGCUCCAGCAGGAGGAAAUGGUGCUGAAAAUGUUGCCCCCGACCAGCCUGCUAACCCACCAGCUGAGAACGCAGUGGUGGGGGAAAACCCUGCAGCCCAGGAUGACCAGGCAGAAGAGGAGGAGGAGGAGAAUGAGGAGGAGGACGACGCGGGCGGGGAAGAUGCAGCUGAUGCCAACAAUGGGGCACAGGACGACAUGAACUGGAAUGCUUUAGAGUGGGACCGAGCUGCAGAAGAGCUUACAUGGGAAAGAAUGCUAGGACUUGAUGGAUCACUCGUUUUUCUGGAACAUGUCUUCUGGGUGGUGUCUUUAAACACACUGUUCAUUCUUGUUUUUGCAUUUUGCCCGUACCACAUUGGCCACUUCUCCCUUGUUGGUUUGGGAUUUGAAGAACACGUCCAAGCAUCCCAUUUUGAAGGCCUAAUCACGACCAUAGUUGGGUAUAUACUUCUAGCAAUAACACUGAUAAUUUGUCAUGGCUUGGCAACUCUUGUUAAAUUUCAUAGGUCUCGUCGCUUGCUGGGAGUCUGCUAUAUUGUUGUGAAGGUCUCUUUGCUAGUGGUGGUAGAAAUUGGAGUGUUCCCUCUCAUUUGUGGCUGGUGGCUGGAUAUUUGUUCCCUGGAAAUGUUUGAUGCUACUCUGAAAGAUCGAGAACUGAGCUUUCAGUCGGCUCCAGGUACUACCAUGUUUCUGCAUUGGCUGGUGGGAAUGGUAUAUGUGUUCUACUUUGCCUCCUUCAUUCUGUUACUGAGAGAGGUACUUCGACCUGGUGUCUUAUGGUUUCUAAGGAAUUUGAAUGAUCCAGAUUUUAAUCCAGUACAAGAAAUGAUUCACUUGCCUAUUUAUAGGCAUCUCCGAAGAUUUAUUUUGUCAGUGAUUGUCUUUGGCUCCAUUGUACUCCUGAUGCUUUGGCUACCUAUACGGAUAAUUAAGAGUCUGCUGCCUAAUUUUCUUCCGUACAAUGUCAUGCUCUAUAGUGAUGCUCCAGUGAGUGAACUGUCCCUUGAGCUGCUUCUGCUUCAAGUUGUCUUACCAGCGUUACUUGAACAGGGACACACGCGGCAGUGGCUGAAGGGACUGGUGCGAGCGUGGACUGUUACUGCUGGAUACUUGCUGGAUCUUCAUUCCUAUUUGUUGGGAGACCAGGAAGAAAAUGAGAACAGUGCAAACCAACAAGCUAACAAUAACCAGCACGCUCGAAAUAACAACGCCCUCCCCGUGGUGGGGGAGGGCCUGCAUGCAGCCCACCAAGCCAUCCUCCAGCAGGGCGGGCCUGUUGGCUUCCAGCCUUACCGCCGGCCCCCGCAUUUCCCACUCAGGAUAUUUUUGUUGAUUGUCUUCAUGUGUAUAACCUUACUGAUCGCCAGCCUCAUCUGCCUUACUCUACCAGUAUUUGCUGGCCGUUGGUUAAUGUCAUUUUGGACGGGGACUGCCAAAAUCCAUGAGCUCUACACAGCUGCUUGUGGUCUCUAUGUUUGUUGGCUAACCAUCAGGGCGGUGACAGUGCUGGUGGCAUGGAUGCCACAGGGACGCAGAGUGAUCUUCCAGAAGGUUAAGGAGUGGUCCCUUAUGAUAAUGAAGACCGUGAUAGUUGCAGUGCUGCUGGCUGGAGUCGUCCCGCUUCUUCUGGGGCUUCUGUUUGAGCUGGUUAUUGUUGCCCCCCUGAGGGUUCCUUUGGAUCAGACUCCUCUUUUUUACCCAUGGCAGGAUUGGGCACUUGGAGUCCUGCAUGCCAAAAUCAUUGCAGCUAUAACAUUGAUGGGUCCUCAGUGGUGGCUGAAAACUGUAAUUGAGCAGGUUUACGCAAAUGGCAUCCGGAACAUUGACCUUCAGUAUAUCAUUCGGAAACUGGCAGCGCCAGUGAUCUCUGUGCUCUUGCUUUCCCUGUGUGUACCUUAUGUCAUCGCGUCCGGCGUCGUUCCUUUACUUGGUGUUACUGCGGAAAUGCAAAAUUUGGUCCACCGGCGGAUUUAUCCAUUUUUACUGAUGGUCGUGGUGUUGAUGGGAAUCUUGUCCUUCCAGGUCCGCCAGUUUAAGCGCCUUUAUGAACAUAUUAAAAAUGACAAGUACCUUGUGGGCCAACGCCUCGUGAACUAUGAACGGAAAUCUGGCAAACAAGGCACAUCUCCGCCGCCUCCACAGUCAUCCCAAGAAUAAAGUGGUUGUCUCAACUACGUUGACCUUCCCCCGCCUUUACGUGUCCUUUUUUGUGGACUUCUCUCUGGAGAUUUUCCCCAGUGAUCUCUCAGCGUUGUUUUUAAGUUAAGGGUAUUUGACUUGGGUUUUCAGCAUUCAGCAAGCAGCAGUGCGAGGCUCUGCUGCCCUUCCUGCAUCUUCUGACAUCAUUGCUGUCUGAGGUCUGUAUAUGUGUAAAUAGAAGUUCCGGGAUACCCUAAAACCUUGGAUUAAACAGAAUGUGCAUUGUACAUCUUUAAACAAAAUGUAUAUUAAUUUAUUAAAUCUAGUUGUCACUUUAUUUUGGACCUGCUGUGAUCUUGACAGGAAAUGUGCCACAGAGCCAUAGUGCAGAGGCAAGACUUCUUAAUGACGUCUUUUGGAAUGCAAUGUCCUGGUGUUCCUAGCAGUUCUUAUUAAGUGAACUGUACAUUCUGUCUUGGCUGUUCAGACCUUACCAAGAACAUAAAAGGAAAUAAGUAGAAAUCAACAGUGGAGUGUCUGUGGUAAGAAAACAUGAACUUGUGCUUCACUGUCAAUCGUUUUUGGAAGUUAUUUUGUAUAACACCAAAGCUGUUGUACAUUUUCUACUGCCUGAUUUUUUUUCAUGUGUCUGUGUUUGUAAUAUUGUAUAGUAUCUUGUGCUAGGUGAGGAAAUUAUUUUUAAUUUUGAUAAUUUAAUAUUCCUAGUGAUCAGCAUCAGGAGUUGGGUUUUGUGUUUGUUAGGGACGUGUCUAUACUUAGAGAAAAGAAGAAGUCCAAAAGAAGAUUUUUCCUUAGAUCCUCCAGCCCCCUUUUCCCACACACAGCUGUCUUUUCGUCAGCAGUGGCCAAAGUCAUGGAAGAUCAUAAAUCUUACAGGAUAACAUCACCAGUGAUACUGCAUCUUCCUGGAAUAAGGACAUACUGAAAUGUUUUGUCAAAUGUAGAUGGGAUUUGUGGUCUUAGAUUGACAGCGUUAGAGAAGACGGGUUAGAACCCCUGGUCCUGCUGGUUAGUGCAUCAUUGGGUGAGGAUUAGGGGCAGUGCAUUUCUCCAAAGUUUCCAGAGCUUUUUGUUUACAGAAUAAAACUAUAAAUAAAACCAACUUGAUUUUAUUUGACCAGAAGGAAGCUGACUGAGCUGGCCUUUUAACAUAGGAGUACAGAAUGUAUUUCAUUGGAAACGUGCUGUAAAAAUCUCGGAAAGCAGAACACUUAGAAACUUGGUUUUCCUUCAUAACCAAAGCUUCAAGUUAGAAGUUUAGAGAAAUAGAAUGGUUGGGCAUGUGAUCCAGGUUUUUAAUGGUGAUGGUAUAUGGUAAGGGUAGUAUUUGUUUUUGAAUGAUAACUUAGUUCUCAGAGAAAAUGGACAGCAUAGAUCUUAAGAAACCAUAAAAGAAUUUCCAUAUAGUAUUAAAACCCAUAGGCUUAAAUCUGAGAAUUUUUAAAAUAUGAGAGUCAGCCAAACAUAAGUUACCAAAAGCAACACGUUCUGGUUGUUUUAUAUUUCAACAGUUUUUCCUGAAGUGGUAAGUGAUUACUUUAAAACAUCAGUAUCAAAAAAAAAAAAAAAAAAAAAAACUCGACAUAGGAUUCAGUGUUACAGUUUUUCGCAGUUUGUAGUAGCCCUUUCUCAUAUUUGAAAUAAGGCCUUUGCUAGCCCUACCUUUACUUAGAAAUUUAGUCCUACUGUAAAAAUUAGGAGCAUUUUAAACAUAAUGCCACCUGUCAUGGUGUAUGUCUAUAUCAAUUGUUCUCUUUGGGACAAAAAUAUUAUCAAAUUGGGCAUAUAACUUGAUCGUGUUAAUUUAAGUUUCUUUUUUAAUUUUUCAGAGAAUUUGUAGAUCUUGAUAUAAAGUUAUUGGAACACACUUAUCUGUUUUACCAGAAAGAGAUCUAGGCAGAUAUCACAAAAGAUUAAAAACUGUUAUUCUACAAAAUUUUAAGUGAAUCUUAUCAGAUAUUUUGUAAAAAAAAAAAAAAACCAAAAAACAACAUAUAAUAUACAUAUAUAUAUGUGUGUGUGUGUGAAUAUAUAUAUAUAUAUAUAUAUAUAUAUAUAUAUAUAUAUAUAUAUAUAUAUAUAUAUAUGAAUGGCCAAAAAGUUGCCCUCCAUUUCACUGGCAGAUAACUUUAUCUUGUCUUACUUAAGGAUUUCCCCUGGUUUUUCAGUUGUGCUUUGUCCUGUUUUUUUCAAUAAGGUGAAUACUUUCAUAAGGAAAGCAUUUGCUGGCAUACUAUUUACUUGGGUAGCAUCAAGAUUUUAUUAUUAACCAAUAGUCUUAUAAAUAUUUAAAACUUCUAGUUCAGAAAGUGCUAGUAUUGCUGCCCUUCUUCAUGUAGAAUUAAAAAAAUAAUAAUAGUGUAGUUUUGCUUCAUUUUACAUUGGGCUAAGACUGUCUUCAAGGAAUUUAAUUAGGAAAGAAGACCUUUUUGUUUUAUUUUUACUAUUUAUAAAUUGAAGACAAAUCAACAUUUGGGGUUAGUUUUACAUGACCAGUUAUCAAAUGGUCAUAGUAUGAAGUAUGCAGUUGUUCAUUAUUAGCAAAUUCUGUUUGAUUUUUAAACUAUUAAGUACUAAUAGUUGAGAUGAACACUGAAGAAAAAUGCCAAUGUGAAGUUUGUGUAUAGCUAGCCUUAAAAACCUCCAUGUUUUUAGGUGAUUUUUUUCCUGUUCUCUGGAGAAACAGUGGAGAUUGGACAUCUCAAUUCCAGAUGUAAAUGAAAAGUAAUUUUUAUUUCAGCAUUUAAUAUAACUGUUAUUACUGUGGAUUCUUGUCUUGUGUUUUUUCUUUCCCUUAUUCAAGUAAUAGAGAAGAACCUUUUCUCAGAUGAUUUGAUCUUAGAUGAUAUGUCCUUUCUGUAUUGGCAAAAUGCUACUAUUAAAGUGUAAUUCUUGAAUUUAGGUUGAAUUGAUGACUUUUUAAAACAAAACAGUGAAGCACUGGACAUUGCUACAUUGUAUUGCAUUUGCAAACACACACACACACACACACACUCUCACACACACUCACUCACUCUGAAGAAUGUUGCACCAGUAUCAGAACACUGGCACUUUUUUAAACGUUGCAAGUGAGCUACUUACUCUCAUUUUCAGGAUUGAGUAUUUUAAAGCUCUCUACUUACUGUGAUAAGUUUUUUAUAUUGUAAAAUUAAAUGAUUAUGUUUAAAAUACUCCUUUAGAAUGUUACCUAUUCAGUUGCCAUCAAGAAGAAAACAAAUGUCUUACUACAAAGGUAUUACUGAAGCCUCACUUGUGGAGAUUCUCUAACUUCCUUGUAUCUACUUAAUUAACGUGCCCCUCAAUCAGAUGUUUUCCUUUCAGUCCAUUACUGCCCUGUGUCAUUUUUUUAAUCAAUAAAACAGCCAUCACGAGUAAGGGCUUCUUUCAGGUAAUCCCCAACAAUAUCUUUGGCAUUUAAUACAACAUAAAGAUAAGACAGGAUACAUCUGUUUUCAUUCCCAUCUAUUUUGUAUGAGUGCCUCAUUUUGUAGUCAUGAAAUUAAUAUAGUACCUUAAAUGAAAAUGUAAUGACCAUAAGGCCUAGAAAUGACUGUUGUAGAAGCUCAAUGAAUAGAACAUUUACUUAGUUGGGAUGUUAGUUUUCUAUUAAAUACCUUAGAUACCCAGACCAACUUUAUGUGUAUAUAUUCUAAAGUGCUCCCUUUUUUAUGUGGUUGUUUGUUGCCUUCUGAGUUGAGAGAAAAAUUGAAUAAAAACGUUAGUUGUAGCCUA